CAAGAGCAGGAGGCGGGACUUGAGAAGCGCGCCCUAAGCUCCAGAGAGCUGUCUUCCACCGAGACCAGCCGAAGAGUGGGCGAACAUGAAGUCCAAUCCCGCCAUCCAAGCCGCCAUCGACCUCACAGCGGGGGCCCUCGGGGGCACAGUGUGUGUCCUGACCGGGCAGCCCUUCGACACCCUGAAAGUGAAGAUGCAGACGUUCCCCGCGCUGUACAAGGGCCUCACCGACUGCUGCCUGAAGACGUACUCCCAAGUGGGUUUUCGGGGCUUUUACAAGGGCACCGGCCCAGCACUGAUUGCCUUUGUCGCCCAGAACUCUGUCCUCUUCAUGUGCUACGGCUUCUGCCAACAGUUUGUUAGGAAAGUGGUUGGAUUGGACAAGCAGGAAAAACUGAGUGAUCUGCAGACUGCAGCCGCCGGUUCCUUCGCCUCUGCGUUUGCUGCGCUGGCCCUCUGCCCCACUGAGCUUGUGAAAUGCCGGCUACAGACCAUGCACGAAAUGGAGAUGUCAGGGAAGAUAGCGAAAAGCCAUAAUACAGUUUGGUCCGUCGUGAAGAGUAUCCUUAGAAAGGAUGGCCUCUUGGGCUUCUACCACGGACUCUCGAGCACUCUACUUCAGGAAGUACCGGGCUAUUUCUUCUUCUUCGGUGGCUAUGAACUGAGCCGAUCGUUUUUUGCCUCAGGGAGAUCAAAAGACGAACUAGGCCCUGUCCCUUUGAUGCUAAGUGGUGGAAUUGCUGGAAUUUGCCUUUGGGUUGUCAUAUACCCAGUGGACUGUAUCAAAUCCAGAAUUCAGGUUCUUUCCAUGUCUGGAAAACAGGCAGGAUUUAUCGGAACUCUUUUAAGUGUUGUGAAAAAUGAAGGAAUAGCAGCCUUAUAUUCUGGACUGAAAGCUACUAUGAUUCGAGCAUUCCCUGCCAAUGCGGCACUGUUUUUGGCUUAUGAAUACAGCAGGAAGAUGAUGAUGAGCCAGUUUGAAGCAUACUGAAGUGUCUUGGUGAACCUGGAUUCAAGUACUUGCGUUUGAGGACUAUAGUUUAUCUCAGGGUUUCAUGGAGUACUGGACCAAGGUGGAAUUAUUUUUUACUUCAUGGGAAUUUUGUUUUUGUCUUCCCUUCUUCUACCCUAAAUCUUAAACUUUACAGAAGAACCUCUAUUUCAUAUCAUAUAAUUUCUGCCGGUAGUGGUAUUGACAUAGAAAAGUUGCUGCUCUUGUGUUUGGUGGGACGUACAGAGUGAGCAGGUGGCCCUAUGUGCCUAAUCUGAAAGCCUAAAGAUAGUUAUAUCAUGGCUUUUGCAUAAACCUGUACUUGUACAUGCAGUUUGGUUGGUUAUGUGUUAUGCGUGAAACACAGUUUGGUUCCAUGGUUAAUCUCAGAUCACCAGAAAAACCGAGUUAACCAUGAUUCAUGAAGAUGGUUAUGAAUGAUUGCUUAACCAUUCAAGAUGUAGGGCCUCUUGAAAACUCUGCCUAACGUGUGUACUGUACCAGGCAAUUAAAGUGUUUUUAAAAGUUUUCAUGUAGUGCUUGAAAACCAGAAUACCCAUCUAGAUUUUUAAAAGGAGAAUAUACCUGCUUACUGGUGUGGCUUCCACAUUCUUGAGUUUAAGUUUCAAAGUAAGCAUCCUGGAUUUUACCAACAUGCUCUGCUGUUAAAAUGGUGCCAUUUAUUUUCAAAAUGGGAUCAUAUUCUGCUAUCUUCAUUAGGUGUGGUCUAGAGCUUCAGACCUUUGGGAAGUAGUAUGGCCUUCAUCUGUACCAACUUCCCUUCUUUUCCUCUCCCCAAGAGCUUCCCUUCUGCUGGGCUUUAGGUUGAGGAAUGGGGUGAGGGGAAGGGGCUAUGCUGCUGUGCUUUGGUGAAGAUCCAUGUAGCUGACAACAGUUCUUGGCUUCCAGUCUUCCAGGGAGUUCUGUUGGCUCAAUUAGGGGUUGUUGAUCCACUUUGGAUCAUUCACUGUCCUCUCUGCCUCCCCCGGUCAGAAACCCUUCCAGGAAACAGAGAGUGCCAAAGCCAAGAGAAGCUUUUGUUCCCUGUUUGGUGAUCAAGUGACAGUACUCAUGGAUGAAGUCCUUUCCUCUCAGACAGAACUAGACAGAAGUUAGUGCUUGCACUCCACAGUGAGUAAUGUUAGGGCUGACCCAUCCUGAAGUUUACCUUGGGGUCCAUAACUCCUUGCCAUGCUUUAACAGUGUUGGAACUUUCUAAUUUUUGUACUGGCCAUCAGUGAAUUUUAAUGAUGACUAUAUAUGUGGUGUGACUUUAUAAAGCCAAUGAAAUGUUAAGAAAAACAAUUUUAUUAAAUUAUACCAUGUGUAUGUAUAUACGAACUGCCAAAAAACAAAAACAAAAAACUAAAGUUCAUCUGAUCCCCACAGACUUGGUGAUGAGCACCUAUAGCCUAUGGUGUUAGAGGGUCGUUCUUGUCACUGCCAAAGUAAGCCUCAUCGUUUCUUGCUGCUCCAAGACCAGCAGAGUCUCUCUCAAUAAGAAUUGUUCUUAAGCAGCCUGUAAAGCGGAUAGCAAGCAGGCUACCAGUAUUAAUAGUAGUCCACACCAUGUUUAUCUGUUGCUGUCCGCAAAAUGUAAAUCUUGUGUGGAAUCUCUUUAGCUUUCUUCUAUCUGUGAAGCCUCAGUUGCAACUUCAGCCAUCGUGCCAGAAGCAUAGGGUCAGGGAAACAAGAUGUUGACAAGUGGGGGCUACGGUAGACAUUUGGGGAGGGGAUGCUCAGUGUCGUGCCUGGUGUACUCAAGAGCCAGGGCUGGUCUUCCAUUUGCUGUUUCUUUAAAAGAAAACCAUUUUCCUACUUUACUUUUAAGUUAUUUAUAUAUUUAAGUUAUAUAUCCCAUACUGAAAUGGUCAGAAGCUACUUAUUGGGGCGUCAUCCAAGCAGGCCUUGAUUACAGCAAAGAGAGGACAGGACUGGCUUCCAGCAGGAAGUGGACCACUUCAGAGUCCACGCGCCCCCUGCCCAGCCCCUGUGCUCAUCUCAGCCCUGUUGUCAGCAGACCUUUUCACAUGUUGUCCAUUAAAGGUUUAACUAAAUAUUUUUAAUGGAAAUAGUUUGAGUCAAGUAAGAGUGAGUGGGUGUGAGAAAUGGGAACCUAACUCAGGAGAAUUUUUUCCCCCUCUAUUUGCUUAAUUCAUGGUUAGAUAUUUGGGAACAAUUUGUACUAUUUCAGAUCUGUACUCCGGACAAAAAUAUAGAUCUUGAAAUAUUGUGUUUAAAGAAAUUUGAGUGUUCUAUCAUUAAAUUAUUUACCUAAAUAAAAAUAUUUAACUCACACCAUUUACAAUGUACUGUAUUGAGCUCUGGGUGCUCAGACAUUAAUAUUUGGCUUCUCUUCUCAAGGAUCUGAUGGUCUAGAUGUUUGUUUUACAGUUAGAAGAGUGAUAUUCUAGGAUAAAAUUUAGAACAAAAAACUAGAAUCCAAAUUAUGUAUGUGUGUGUGAGUGUGUAUAUAAAAUCAGUGGUGGAAUCUUUGAAUUUAAGGAACUAUCUCUUUCCCUUGUGUUUUUGUUUUUGUAUUGUGGUUUCUUUGUAUUCUUUAAA